AUAACUGAUGCCUGGUUUGAUUCCAAUUAAUGUUUCUGUUGCAACUCUAUUGUGGCACUUAUGCUACCUUUGCCUACAAAACCUCUUAUCUGCAUUUACAGUUCUUUUGUCUGUUACAACCAACCAAAAACGGUGGAGAAGCAGAACGUUAGAUCAUAUCUCAGCAACUGGGAGAAAUUUGCCUUCAGGGAUUUCUGCCUGGCAGGCUCUCUAACACCUGUCAGAGAUGUAUUGUAGGACACAGCAUAUGGAGAGGACUAUGUAUAGGUGACUGAUUACUCAUGACAAACAGUGGAAAGUAGGCAAAUAAACUGCAGGCGACAUCAAUCAGAGAAACAGGAGAGAAGAUGGGAAGCACAAAACAAAAUAAGAUACAAGAAAACUAAUUUUUUUUUUCAUUUUUAAUGCUAAUCCUUACCUUAGAGAUAAAAAGAGACUAGCGUACAGAAAAUAACCAGAGUGCCAAUCAGAACAAAAAGGUAGCAAAACUCAGCGAUAUCACCAAAACUAAAAUUAUUGUGACAGUGUUAUUGUUACAUCUUGAAAAAUGCAUAUGCGUGGAUCCUUUUGAUAUUGUGGAAGAUGAGUAAUACUGUAAGAUAUGUUUUCACAGAAUCGAAAUAUUCUGGGACGUCUUGAGUGAUCAGUGGUUCUGGAGUCAAUGUGAACUUCAAAAAAAUGUUUACUGAUUAUACGACACAUGACUGUGAAACCAGAGCAUAUGGUUGAAGUGUGACUGUGUUUAAGAGGAAAUGUGUUUUGCAGUGUGUGCAUGCAUUUCUGUUACUGGUAGUGCCCCUCAGGAUGGCGAGUCAUCGCUACUUUAAACCACAGUACUUCCUUGCGUUUGAGUGGCUUCCUUGAGUCAAAAAGAAACUUUUUGUCUAUUAUUUGAAGAUAUUUUCUCUGCAGGAAUGGCGGACACUGGUGUGGAACUGGACAGACUUGUUGCUGCAGUGCCCCAGAAUCCAGAUGAGCAACAAAAAGAUGACAAAUUGGCACAAACGCUGCUGUUUGUCCUCCUGACUGUAGUGCUGUAUGGCAUUGCUGCACAGGCUUUUUUUAUUAACUUGCUUUACCACCGUGAAUUGGCUGUCUCAAGACUGAACAACAGAUCAGAACAAGAUGGUAGAAUCCGUGGUUUUGCACAUCUGACAGGCGGGUCGGUUCAAGAAAACGAGGUGAUGCUUUGGCAUAUAAAUAAUCUGACUGUUCUCAGCGGCAUGGCCUACAAAGAUGGUAGGCUUGAAGUUCAGGAGGAGGGAUUUUACUAUGUGUAUUCCAAGGUUUGCUUUAGUGACCAUGGGCUCUGGAACCAGUCACCUGAGUUUUUUCACCACUUUGUUAUGAAAUCUGCUGACCUACAUGGAAAUCAUUAUACCCUCAUGCAGUCACAGAAAGAGUUACGGGUGAACUCAAGCGACCUAAACAACAGCUUUCUGGGUGGAUUUUUUCAUUUGCAUAAAGGUGACGGAAUUUUUGUGAGGAUAAGGACGAAUUUAAACAUUUUGCAAUAUAAUGUUUCUGAACAUUUCUUUGGUGCAUUCAUGAUGUAGCUUUACACAGCGUGAAAUAUCAGAACAUCACCUGGUCUUUACCAGGCUCUCACAUGAUUUAAGUCUAAGUAUAAAACAACAUGACAUAUUACACCCAAUGACUGUAGAAAACAAUCAUUGAUCUCACUGUUUUAUUAUGCAUUUUGCAAAAGUGUAAUCAAAAUGAUUCAGUAGUUUGCAGACCCACCUUCAACAAUAAUUAGUCAAUAAGUUACUACUGAGCCCAACAGAUAAAACAUCAGAAACUGGACUAAGAAAGCGCUAUCAGUGGGUUGUGGCUGUGAAAGCAUUGACAUGAUUGGCUGUCCUCAGGUCUUCAGGAAGGCUGUUCCACAGAUGUGCAGCAUAGUAACAGAAAGCUUUCGCACUGUGGGUUUUUUACGUCUGACUUUAGGGACAACUUCAAAAACCUAAAAACUAGAUAAAGAAUCUGUUCUGAGGCUGACAAUGGAGAUACUUAAAAGCUGGUGUUGUUCAUACUCUCUUCUGGCCUUGGUCACAACCUGUGUACCUAAGUUCUGGAGUGUAGUAGGGGGCUAGUUUGUUUUUAGGGAGGCCAGAAAGUAGAUCAUUACAGUAUUCAUUGUGUUGCUUUUUACUUUUUUAGCUUUAUUUUCUCACUAUUUCAUUCAUGUAUGAUGUACAACACUGUGUGUCCACUGCGGCUGUUUUAAAAAGCUUUAGAAAAAAAGAAAAAAAAAACUUUGCAAGAUAUUGUAUUACUUAGUUUUCGUAGUUACUGUUCUUACUGUUUAUGUGACCACAUAAUUUCCUCUGGGAUUAAUAAAGUAAUCUGUUUCUGAUUCAGUCUUUCACAUCUUUGUGGAGAAAUUUUGGCCCACUCUUAUUUACAGCGUCACUUCAGUUCAUUGAAGUUUGUUCCGUUUGUUUAUGCACAGCUCUUUGAGGUCCCACCAGGUUGAGAUUUGCACUUUGACUAGGCCAUUGCUACCAACUUGUUUCUUUUCUUUGUCAGUUAUUUUGUAUGGUGUGAGUUUAUGCAAGCUUUAGUUGUUGGUCUUGUGAUUGGUCCAAAUGCAGCUUUGCAAACCCAAACAUUGCUGCCAUGUUCUUUUUAGAGUGAAGAGGCUUUCUAUCAUGAAAUCUAACAUUUAACAUGAUAACUGAGGCCAGUAGAGACCAAGAUGUAACUCUUGGGCUUUUCAGAAUCAGAAUCAGAAUCAGAAUCAGAA